AUGAGUCUUUCAAAUGAUGAAUUACAACAUCUCAAGUCAUCUAUAAAAUUUAGAGAUCAUGAAAUCGACGCUUUGAACGCGUAUAUUAAUAGAAAUCCAGAAUUGUCUUCACCUUUAGUAAUUAUAAACGGAUUUAAACCAGUUGGAAAGUCAUUUUUGAUACAAGAGUUUCUCAAAACCAUCCAGCUAAAUCACUCCAUCAUACAAUGUGAAGAAUGUAUAUCGCGUCAUAUGUUACUACAAAGAUGUUACAAUCAGAUUAGGUCCGACAGCGGGGUAAAAUUAGAAGAUUCAGAUAAGGAUAUACUAUCGACCGAUAGUUUUCCAUUAUUUAUUUCAUCAUUGGAGUCAUUCAUUGAAGAUUAUGGAUACAAGGAACACCACGUUUUGGUUUUAGAUAAUUUAAAUAAAAGUUUUGAAAAUUGUGAUGACUUUCUCAAAUCAUUUAACACAUUAAAGGAGUUUUCUAAACUUCAGAAUUUAACUGUCGUUGCAGUAUUUGGGGGUGAAGUACCGAACGAUAUAAUCACUUUAAGUAUUCCAACAAUAUAUUUACCUACGUAUAAAGAAUAUCAAGUUAUCGAAAUACUUCAGAAUUUAAAAUUAUGUACUUUUGAAUUUGAGGUUGUUAACGCUUCGAACGCCCAAAAAAUUGAAUUUUAUAAUCAAUAUGUGAAAGCCAUUAUCGAUCUGUUCUUCCUGUAUACUGGCUCAAAUCUAAACAUCUUAAAAGAUUUAACGAUUAGGUUGUGGGAUAGUUUUAUUGAACCAUUAAUGUUUGGCAUUUACGGUAUAACUGAAUUUUUGAAAAUUUACAAGGAAAAUCUCGAACUAUUCACCGAUGAGAACAUAAUCAGUAAUAUUACAGUUACGGAUUACAAGACGUCUAAAGAAGAAGAAGAAGUAAGUUUCAGUAAUCUUCAAGAUCUACCAUUACAUUCCAAGUUUUUUCUACUAGCAGCAUACUUAGCAUCUUUUGGAAAUCAAAGAAAUGACUUACAUAAGUAUUCAAAAGUUAAAGUUUUUAAAUACAAAAAAAGAGCAAGUACAAAAGCUAUUAAGUCCGGUCAUUUGAGUAAAGAGGAUAUUGAUUCGCGAAUGCUAACAGCGAAUUAUGUUGAUUUGGAAAGAAUUUUAGCAAUUUUGUCAGUCAUUUAUAGAAACUUUGCUCCAUCCUUUAAUCAAUCCGACAAACAUGAUUUAUUAUACAUUGGGGAUGAGGUACUUGAAGUCGAGCAGAAGAAGGAGAAUGAGAAAUCAAAAUUUACAUUGACUAAAAACAUUGACUUAAACAAUCAAAUUGGUACGUUGUAUUCAUUAGGUUUCUUGAGUAAGACGUCGAAUUCGGAUAUUUUAGCUGCUAGAAUUAGAUGGAAAUGUAAUAUUGAUUGGCUCAUGGCUAAGUCUAUCGCUGAUUCUGUUGAUUUUCCUAUUCAAGAUUAUCUUAUCGAUGAUUAA